AGAAAGCAGCUCUGAUGUCACCGGAAGACGAGGUGCAGAAGAGUGACAUCUCGUCCAGUAGUCAGGGCAUGGUGGAGAAGGAGGCUCUGGGGCCACUGCUGCUUGAGGUGAGUAAAACAAUAAAGCUUGGUGGAAUUUGAAUUUCAGUGAGAGACACAGAAAGUACCCACUUAUCCAUUGAUUGGAUAAUUCAGUAAUGCCGCUUUCUAAAGCACAGGUACUUCUUAUUGAGAAGAUACUCAUCUUAUUGGUUGCUCAUUAGUAAAUACAUGGGUAGUAAUUAGAUUGCACCUACUCACAGUAGAUUUAUACAAAAUUAGAUAAAGUAUUGUGUAUGUUUUGGGGUAAAAGUAAAACUGCAAUAAUCCGGACGACAGCAAUUUAGUUAGAAUCUCUCUGUCUUCAGCAUUUUCUCUGUAUUGUCCAGAGUGAUUCAGUGACAGUAUGUAUGGUUCUCAGGAGGUAGUUUCCCAGUGAGGCCUAGUGUCAGUAUGCAUGCCACAUCAGUUCCUGGCCCACUUUCCCCCUGGCUGGGGCUGGGAGAGAGAGAGGCUAAGGUCCCCCCUUCUCCCUUUUUGUGUUCCCCUUCCUCCGGAGGUGUCCGUUUCACUCCUCUUUGUCCCUCCCUCUGUUUCGGGCCAGGCUCUGGACGGCUUCUUCUUUGUGGUGAACCGCGAGGGUGGGAUCGUGUUUGUGUCGGAGAAUGUGACGGGUUACCUAGGCUACACCCAGGAAGAGCUGAUGAACUCCAGUGUCUACAGCAUCCUCCAUGUGGGAGACCACGGCGAGUUUGUCCGCAACUUGCUGCCCAAGAGCCUCGGUGAGGAUGACAGGAGAGUGGAUGAGAGGAGGGAGGAGAGGAUGGUGAAGGAAGGGGAGGAGGGGAGGGGAGGGGAGGAGAGGUGGAAGGAGAGGAUGGUGAAGGAAGGGGAGGAGGGGAGGGUAGGAGAUGAGGGAGGAGAGGAUGGUGAAGGAAGGGGAGGAGGGGAGGGUAGGAGAUGAGGAUGGUGAAGGAAGGGGAGGAGGGGAGGGUAGGAGAUGAGGGAGGAGAGGAUGGUGAAGGGAGGGGAGGGUAGGAGAGGUGGAAGGAGAGGAUGGUGAAGGAAGGGGAGGAGGGGAGGGUAGGAGAGGUGGAAGGAGAGGAUGAGAGGCGAGGGAUCAGAGGAAUAGAGAGAAGGACAAAGAAAGAGGGGUGGAAGUCUAGUAGGCGGAAAUGACUAGGAGAUGAGGAAGGAGAUGAGGAUGGAGAUGAGGAAGGAGAUGAGGAAGAAAGGAGAAGAAAAACAUGAUAAAGGGGAGAUGAAAGACAGGUAAGAGAGAAGGGGAUCAAUCAAAUGUAUUUUAUAAAGCCCUUUUUACAUCAGCAGUUGUCACAAAGUGCUAUACAGAUACCCAGCCUAAAACCCCAAAGAACAUGCGAUGCGAAUGUAGAAGCACGGUGGCUAGGAACAACUCCCUAGAAAGGCAGAAACCUAGGAAGAAACCUAGAGAGGAACCAGGCUCUGAGGGGCGGCCAGUCCUCUUCUGGCUGUGCCGGGUGGAGAUUAUAAGAGUACAUGGCCAUUAAGGAAGGAGAGGAGGUAAAAGAGGAGAGGAACCUCUGCUAUAGGUACAGUAUCAUAGCUGUCACAGAUCAUGUGACAGCUAUAAGAGCAUAGUAACCAGGAGUCAACAGAGGGUCAGUGUCCCAUGAAGCCCCCAGUAAACCCUCUCUAUAUAGACUAGGCAAGGCAGGAUGGGUUAAUACCAGCAGAGGUUAACAGGUCAACUACCUACCUGCCUGCCUGUCUUCAGUUCAAACUCACUAGACCCUCACUACUACCCACUCACAAUCUGUCUUUCUCAUUUAUUCUGUCUUUAUCCCCCUUCUCUCUUUGUCUAAAUUGUAUAUAUUUUCUAUCUCUCUCUACCCCAGAUAUGUCAUCCCUGUCUCUGUUCAAACCAUCAUUAUUACAUCACACACAUUGGUUUUACCUGCCUCUGUCAUCCUCUGUCUCCCACAUCCUUUCUUUUCUCGCUCUCUUCUCACACGCUCUUCUGUAUGUCCUGUGUGAUGGUUUGUGUCCCCGUUCCUAAUGACGUGUGUCUGUCUCUACCGUUACUGAUGUUGUGUGCGUGUGUGUGUGUGCGCAUGUGCGCGUGCGUGUGUAGUAAACGGGGUGCCGUGGCCCCAGGAGCAGAGUCGGAGGAACAGUCACACGUUUAACUGCCGGAUGCUAAAGAGGCCUCCUGAUGAGGUGGACUCGGAGAACCAGGAGGCACGACAGCAGUACGACAUCAUGCAGUGUUUCACUGUCUCCCAGCCCAAAGCCAUGCAGGAGGAGGGAGAUGGUGAGCACACACACACGUAUACAUACAGCUUACUGUACAUACACAGAUACAUGCCAGGUAUGCACACAGAUGUUUACAUACACAUUCAUGCCAUACACAUUCAAAAAGGUGUGGCAGCAACAUGACAUCACGCUAGUCUUUACCUUGUCUUCCUAACUAGAGCCGUAUAGAGUUAGACACUUUGACGCCCUGCGUAUUACAGCUAACACGCACAGUCACACACACACACACACACAGUCACACACACACACACACAGUCACACACACACAGUCACACACGCACACAUGUUAGAGGCUUAACUCUGACCUCUCCUGAACUUUGAUCGGUGUUGUGCUCAGACCUGCAGAGCUGCCUGAUCUGCAUAGCCUGCCCGAUGCCCCGCCCCCAGCAGCUCCCCACCAUCAGCACUGAGUCCUUCAUCACCAAACAGGACCCCACAGGUAUUAACCCCUGACCGCUCACCUUUUACCUCUCAACUCUACCCUCUCACACAAACACUCCAUACACACACACACUCUCCAAUGUGUGGAUUAGAGAGCUUUCGUGUUGCGCCAGAAGGUGGACUAAGUGGAGAGUGGUACACGAUAAACAGGCUUGUUGGUAAACCUACCUAGAGAGGAAAGGCAAGGACGGGGUUUCAGCUCUCACUACUACUGUACUUUACAUCUAACCUCAUAAUGGACCGCCACCUGGGUUUUAACAUCGAGCCUCGGCAUCUCUUGUUACUGAUGUGUGUGUGUGUGUGUGUGUGUGUGUGUGUGUGUGUGUGUGUGUGUGUGUGUGUGUGUGUGUCUGUGUCUGUGUCUGUGUCUCCAGGAAAGAUCAUCUCCAUAGAGACCAGUGCUCUGCGGGCGACAGGGCGACCGGGCUGGGAGGAUCUUGUCAGGAAGUGCAUCUACGCCUUCUUCCAGCCACAGGGCAAAGAACCCUCCCACGCCAAGAAGCUGCUCCACGAGGGUGAGGAGAGGGGGAGUGGGGAGUGGGGAGAGAAGGCAAGGAUGAAGAAGAGAAGGUGGGAGGAAGCGAAUAUGGGGAAGAGAGAGGGGAAACUUUCUCAAUAAUUAGGCUGUAACAACAAACUACAGUGGUACCAUUGCAAAAAAACGUUGUUUUUUUUCGCCUUCUUUUAUUUGGUAAAGAAUGCCACAAUGAUAAGUAGCUCAAUUGUUGUUUGUGCAUGUGUGUGUUGACAGUGAUGACCCAUGGCACGGCCAUCAGUCCUCUUUACCGGUUCAACCUGAGCGAUGGGACCCCCCUCAGCGCUCAGACACGCUGCAAGUUCUGCUGCCCCCCCAACCACGACGUUCAGCCCUUCAUCAUGGGCAUUCACACUAUUGACAGGUGACGUACACACAACCGCACACGCACGCAUGAACACACACACUGGCAAGUCAUGUGGAACAUGUAGAAUAUAUGUCUUUAUUGCCAAUCAACACUGGUUGGAAUGGUAGGAAUUGACAGGAUAGUAUGGCUGAUAGGAAUGUGUUUUUGUGCCAACAAUGUAAACAGACAAUACAUAUCCAGAAUAUUUCUCUCACUCAGCUGAUGUUUUGCUCUUGUUUUCCUUCUCUUGUAGGGAACACAACACUGCUAGCUCUCAGGAAAACACUAACUCCAGCCUUCUACUGACCCAUAGGAGCCCUGCUCCCUCCCAGCCCUCCCACUCCCCUGACCUCCCCCCGGGCAGCGAGGCCAGCCAAGCCCCAGGCCCCACCUCGAGCCUCCAUCUCAACAACGGCAACAGCUCCGGCACCACCGCCCCCACCACACCCACCAGCCAUUCAGCAGGGUACCUGACUCCCAACCGGAUGUAUCCUCAGCAGGUCAACAGCCCCUCGCCCCUGGGCAGGCCCCCCAGGGGCAGUCCGGGGCUGGGCGGCAGCCCGCGUGUCCCAGGGAACCCCUUUUCCCCUUCCACCUCUGGCCUGCACUCUCCGGCAGGGUCCCUGGGAGGUGGAGGUGGUGGCGGGGGUGGUGGAAUCCUCAGCAGGCAGCACUCUGGUGGGGACAGUGGAGCAAGGACCCCUCUGGGUUUCUCCCUGCCCUCCCCUUUACCUCAGAGGCAGGCCAGCACCCCCACCAGCUCACCAGCGUGCCCUCCCCCCGCCAAGCCCCCCGAGGGAGGAGGAGGAGGUGGGGGAGUAGAUGACCUGGCUAAAGGAAAACUAGGGUGGAACGCCAAACUCAACCAGCUCCUGGACAACGGUGUAGUGGGGCCGCCUAGGGACCCCAAAAACACUUCUCCCCACCCUAACACCUACCCCACCAAACCCACCUCCACCCCUCAGUGCCCGGCCUCACACAGCACGCUGACGGAGCGCCACAAGAUCCUCCACCGCCUCCUGCAGGACAGCAGCCCGGCCGAGGGCGGCAACAGCAAGGAGUCUGAGAUCAAGAAGGAGCCCCCUGCCAGCCCUGCCACCGCCAACCCCAACGGACCCUCCACCACCCCUCAGGACCACCAGCUGCUGCGCUUCCUCCUGGACACGGAUGAGAAGGACCUGGGAGACCUGCCCCCUCCGGCCGCUCUCAGUCUGCAGACGGUCAGGGUCAAGACUGAGAAGAGGGCCAGCGGGGACACUACGCCCUGCGCUGCAGCCUGCCCCAAACCCAGCCCCAAACCCAGCCCUGCAGACAGCAGACCGUCCAGAGACCCGGUACUGUCUGCAGCCCUACUCCUCCCCCUACCUCUGCGGUCUACAGCUCACACCUCAUACACAGUCUUUGUAGUAUCCAGAUGCAGCAAGAUCACGUCCCAGACAUGCAGACCUCUCAGACAGUUUAAGUUUGGGGUUAUGGUUAAGGUUAGUGUUAAGAUUUUAGGGUUAGGGCCGGGAGUUAGGAUUAGGGACUUCUAGGACUUCUGUUGCUGUGGUGGUCACAGUGUCUGGAACGUGAGAGUGGCUGGCUGGCUGAGUGGAUGCUGCUGCUGCCUUCUAAAGGGAGCAUGUGAUUCGCUGCUGUAUUUGUUCUAUUUACGUUGAGCCCAUAGUAACACUCCCUCAUUGCCCUCUUAAAUCAGGAGCUAGUUGUGAUGAUUUGUGGCCCCUGCUCUUCAACUUUGUCUCUCUCCAGCACAGAGCUUCUAGCAGCAGCCUUUGAAGUUCUUUGACCUUUACUCUCUUUCCCUGUCCCUCUCUCUUGCUCCCCCCCCCCCCCUCCCUUUCAUUAUUUCCCUCUCUCUCUCAGUUCCUCAGUGGACCUGCUGACCUGGACCCUCUCAGCCAGCUGCUGCCCACCCUCAGGGGCCCCGCAGGGGCCAAGCAGGGCAGCGAGGAGCAGGGUGGUCCCCAAACCCAGGCCCUGUCGUCCCAUAGCCAAACCCAACCUCAACAACGGCUCCACAGCCCCAGACUCCAAUCACCUCUUCAACCCAAACCUCAGAACCAUCUCCAGCUCCAAUCCCCUACUCAGCUCCAGCUCCAGGCCCAGAACCAGCUUCAGUCCCCUACCCAGCUUCAGUCCCCUACCCAGCUUCAGUCCCCUACACAGCUUCAGUCCCCUACCCAACUCCAGCCCGGUGCGGCCAACAUUCCCAGGGCCGUGACUGUGAAGAGGGAGCCUCCCGGAACACCAAGCCGAGGUACAGCAGGAAUAAAGGGGAUCAAGGGUCAGGGGUGAGGGGUCACGAUAAGGGUCAGAGGGUGAGAGGCCCCUGACUCCACACACCACUGUAUGCUGCCUGUUUUCGUUUUUAGUGUGGCCCCCCAGGAAAGGACUGGUCCUGACCGUGUGUCUAUUUGUGACUGUGCAGGGCUCACUGAUGGCUCCAGCCUGCAGAACCAGUCACACUUUGACUUCUUCAGCCCCAGCCAGAGACCGGGACAAGCGGAGCUCUUCCAGACAGCCAAAGACAGCAGCAGCCCCUUUACAGAGUCUGGACUCAUGAACUCAUUCAACUCCAACACCGGUAUGAACCAGAAUACGCUUCUAUCAAAUAAGCCUAUAUCAAUAUCUGGAAUUCUAUCAUUAUUACAUAAUAAAAUGGGAUCUAAGGUUUAGUUGUUUGUGUUGUGCUGUCCUCCAGUGAUGUCUAAGAUGGAGACAGACUCUCAGCAGUUCCAGACCCUGGCCCUGACUGAGACUGUGUCCUUUGAUGGAGGCAUGGGAAACACUGUGCAAGCCCUUCUGGCCUCCCCUCAGGAGUGAGUAUAGUACACUGCUCAAAAAAAUAAAGGGAACACUUAAACAACACAAUGUAACUCCAAGUCAAUCACACUUCUGUGAAAUCAAACUGUCCACUUAGGAAGCAACACUGAUUGACAAUCAAUUUCACAUGCUGUUGUGCAAAUGGAAUAGACAGCAGGUGGAAAUUAUAGGCAAUUAGCAAGACACCCCCAAUAAAGGACUGGUUAUGCAGGUGGUGACCACAGACCACUUCUCAGUUCCUAUGCUUCCUGGCUGAUGUUUUGGUCACUUUUGAAUGCUGGCGGUGCUUUCACUCUAGUGGUAGCAUGAGACGGAGUCUACAACCCACACAAGUGGCUCAGGUAGUGCAGCUCAUCCAGGAUGGCACAUCAAUGCGAGCUGUGGCAAGAAGGUUUGCUGUGUCUGUCAGCGUAGUGUCCAGAGCAUGGAGGCGCUACCAGGAGACAGGCCAGUACAUCAGGAGACGUGGAGGAGGCUGUAGGAGGGCAACAACCCAGCAGACUGCUACCUCCGCCUUUGUGCAAGGAGGAGCAGGAGGAGCACUGCCAGAGCCCUGCAAAAUGACCUCCAGCAGGCCACAAAUGUGCAUGUGUCUGCUCAAACGGUCAGAAACAGACUCCAUGAGGGUGGUAUGAGGGCCCGACGUCCACAGGUGGGGGUUGUGCUUACAGCCCAACACCGUGCAGGACGUUUGGCAUUUGCCAGAGAACACCAAGAUUGGCAAAUUCGCCACUGGCGCCCUGUGCUCUUCACAGAUGAAAGCAGGUUCACACUGAGCACAUGUGACAGAGUCUGGAGACGCCGUGGAGAACGUUCUGCUGCCUGCAACAUCCUCCAGAAUGACCGGUUUGGCGGUGGGUCAGUCAUGGUGUGGGGUGGCAUUUCUUUGGGGGGCCGCACAGCCCUCCAUGUGCUCGCCAGAGGUAGCCUGACUGCCAUUAGGUACCGAGAUGAGAUCAUCAGACCCCUUGUGAGACCAUAUGCUGGUGCGGUUGGCCCUGGGUUCCUCCUAAUGCAAG